GCAAUUUCGGAAUAUUCAGUUCAUCUCUCGGAUCCAUUCUUUCGCAGUAAAUAGUUGUAAUCAGGCCGCAGCCAGUAACGGCUGCCCUAUGCGAUUUGUGCAACCCGAGCAAGCUUUCAGCAGUUUUUUGAUUGUGAGGUUCAAGUCUUUAGGUCAAGUGUAAUCACCGCAACUCGCAUUUACUAUGAAAUUGAAAUAUCUGGUGACCUUAGGGUAUUUUUUCUUCUAUGAUUAUUUCAGCUCAUGCACAAGAUGCUUCUACAUUACUGAUGCUUCCGAAUGAUCGCCUAUCUCUGGAUGAUUGCCAUCUUCGGUAUCACAUUUUGUCGAUCGAUGUACCCGUGAAACCUGCUUUCGGACAUCCUGCACGAUUGAAAGAGUUCGCUCAUAUUGGUGCCAUUGGCCGGACUCAGACGGAUGGCACGAUUUCGUGGAACUGUGGCGGUACCCUAAUCUGGGAUAACUUUGUACUAACAGCCGCCCAUUGUGCCGUGGAUUUAAGCGGUAAACGACCGGACGUGAUAAGAUUUGGUGAUUUGAAUAUACACAGUUCCGAUGAUGACGAAUACGCGCAACAGCUAAAGAUUAUAAAAAUUAUAAGACACCCUGAACAUCGUUAUGCAGCUCAAUACCAUGAUAUUGCAUUGAUGAAGCUGGAGAAAAAUGUUGUUCUUCAUGAAACGGUAGUUCCAGCUUGCCUUUGGACUGAUGAAGAAGUGAGAUUCAAAUCGUUGGAAGCGGCCGGGUGGGGAAAAAUAGGCUUUGCUGCUGAGCAAACGCCGGUGUUGCUGAAGGUAAUCCUCAAACCGAUAGAUAACCAAGAGUGUGGUGAAACUUACACAAAUGACACAAAUCGAAAACUACCGCUUGGUCUUCAGGACCACCAUAUCUGCGCUGUGGAUGAGAAAAUGGAUACUUGUGAGGGUGAUUCAGGAGGCCCACUUCAAAUCAAAUUGAUGCACAAUGCGAGGGUGACGCCUUUCAUUGUUGGAGUUACAUCUUUCGGAACCAUUUGCGGCACCUCAUCUCCUGGCGUAUACACGAAGGUAUCUUCCUAUCACAAUUGGAUUGUUGAUACAAUGAAAAGUCACGGGGAAAACGUUAACGAGUUCAUUUACAAUGCUACCUUUUGUGCAUUACGAUACGUACGCUUUCGGGAAUACGAGGAUGUCAUCGUUACCAGUAGAACUGAUAACUUCGUCUCGGCAGACUCAAGCUUGCGGCAUGUGCAAGCAGUUGAAAAUCUUCCACCAUACGUUGUGAAACUUUCUUGGCGCUUUGGAGGACGUGAUGAUUGCUACGGAGCAAUAAUUGAUGAAACUUCGGUGCUGACAUUAGCUGAAUGCAUUUUUCAUGACAACAAUCCUGUUGAUCACAUCUUAUAUUUAGAAGACCAAAAAAUGAACGUUAACAAGUUUCACAUUCAUCCCGAAUAUACAAAUGGAUCUGGAUAUAAUAAUAUCGCAAUUUUGUCUCUGGAGCAUUUGUUGGAUGUUAGAAAAAUUCAACCUGCAUGUAUAUGGUACGAACAAAAAUUUCCUUUCAAUGAAGUGCAUAUUUUUGGUACUGGUAGAUUUGAUAUCAAUACUUUCAGCUUGAAGCCGCCCUUGAUUAAUUCCUCAAUGACGCUCCUUAGACCACGUGCAGCUGUUCAGAACUCGUCUUCUUGUAUUGUUUCUAAUCGUUAUGAAGCUAGACUCAAAAUGGGAUUGAGAAAGGAACACGUUUGUAUAGGAAAGGAUUUCUUUCUGGUACCAAAGUCCUGUGAUCUGUUGAUUGCUGGCCCCAUUGAUGAAACAAUGUGGCGCGUAAGUAAUCAUUAUCCUACAAUAUUUGGAUUAGUGCAGUUUGGAAGGGAUUGUGGUUUUGGGGAACAUGUCAUUGCAACUGGAUUCGCUAAUCAUCGAUUGGAUGAAGUCUGUGCUGCUGAAGAAUCCCAAAGAAAAAAAGAAUUCGCUCCUGUUUCUAGACAAUGAUUUGUACGAAGGGGACUCAUGCAGGAAUUACGAAAGUGGAAAAGCGGGUGUUUGCGUUACUGCUUCGAAGUGUCCUCGGAAGUGGAAGCAGUUUUUAUCCACAGGAAAUGUUCAAUUUUGUUCUUCCACGUCAGUGAUUUGUUGUCCAUUGGAUGCAAUCGAAAGUGCUCCUAACAUCCAUCCGGAUCUAGCCGGUUGUCCUGAUGUCGUACGAAAAAUUAAGCCAUCGUGGUCAGGAGGAUCACUGGUUUACAUAGGGUGGAUUGAAGAAAAAACUUCAGUAUUGAAAUGUUUAGGUUCUAUAAUCACAAAACGUGUAAUUUUGACUACAGCGAGUUGUCUUGGAGAAGUUGUGCCCGAUUUUGUUAAACAGAUUUCAAAUGCAACAAAUUUCUUAUAUCGAGUUAACACUACUCUCAAGCAUCGUUUCUACAAUCUAACCGACAACAGCAACGAUAUCGGGCUCGUGAUGUUAACAUAUGAGCUUGAAUGGACUCUAAACCUUUAUCCUUCGUGCCUAUGGAUGGAUAAAACUCACACUCCGUUAGUGUUGGAUAUGAUGUUUCCACGCGGAGCCGUCAAUUUAUUGUAUACUAAUGUGCUCGCAAUGUACAAUUCGGACUGUCAGAGAACAAACAACUAUCAGUUACCAGAAACACAGCUCUGUGUGCGAAAUCCCGCCUGGAACUUUACCUGCCCUGGAGUGCCAAGUAUAUUGCACUGGAAACAGAGCGAUGGAGUAACAUUUACUGUUGGCGUGUCCACGAUUCUGCCAGAUUGUUAUGAGCGUUACUAUAUGAUAUUCACCAGAUUUUCAGCCUAUUCGCAAUGGAUAAGUGAUAUGCUUCUUCAAGUGUGAAACAGUGUAGUAAAAUACGUUUGUAGCUUGUUGAUUUAACGAACGUUAAAAAAGGUGAUCCAAUGGAUUUAAAGAUUGAAGUGUCCGUUUAAUGAAAUAAAAUACAAAAAUAAUG